GUUGCCGCAGAGCGCGCUCCUGGCUGGUUGUUCUCAGCUUGGGCUCGUGUAGGCGGCUACACUCGGCGAUUCGCCAAGUGAAUUGUUCGCAGAGAUUGGUUCUCCGCGAGCGAGUCCUGACCUCGUAGACCAUUGGUGUCUGCGGGGGUGUCCUGAAUUUCGUUUGAAGUUUUGUUGAGUCAUUGUCGCUCACCUGUAACAUCCUCCCUUGAAAAUGGCAUCUGGAUUGCCAAGAAAGACACCGACAUCUCGUCUUUUGUCCAGGGAGAAGCUGAAAUCUAUUACUCUGCUUCCCUCGAAGUUCUUGAUGGAGAAGUUUGUCAGCAGGAAGGCCAGCACUGGGGGGAGUAUUCUGCCCAGAACUGGCCCACCUCCAGACAUGAGAGAGCCUCAUCAAAAGCUGCCAUCAACUCCCCUGAAACAGAACUUGUUUCAGAUUUCCCCACCAGAGGUGGUAUUUCAGAACUUCGUCGCCCAUGAGGUCUCUGAAAUGGUGCUGUCUAUCAUGAAUAAGGACAAGUUUCCUCAGGUGGUGAAGGUCUCCAUGGAGAGGUCACCUUAUUUCCAGCUCGUGUGCCCCAACAAUGCGUACCGUGUCACGACGCCGCGUGUGCCUGUCCACGUGCGCAUCCGCUUCACCCCUGACGAGAACACGGAUUAUGUCCAUGAGCUCAUCUGCAUCACUGCAAGGGAAAGGAUAGUUGUGCCAAUUCGGGCUAUUGGUGCCAAAGCUAUCCUGGACUUCCCUGACCAGCUGGACUUCUCCAAGUGUCCCGUCAAGUACAGCAGCCAGCAGACUCUGGUGGUUCGCAAUGUCAGUCACCGGGCAGCUCGUUACCAGCUGAGCACCCAGAGUCCUUUCUUCGUGGCUCCGGCCAAGGGAACUCUGGGCGCUGGUGACAGCAUGCGGGUGACAGUGGGAUUUCACCCGCUGACGAAUGGUGAUCAUUCCGGGUCCCUGUGCUGCAACAUCGGUGAAGAAAGUAUCCACACAAACCUCCAUGGAGAAGCUGUAGAUCUCAACAUUGGGUUGAGCACAAAUUCCGUGGAGGUGGAGAAGACUUUCAUCACCAUGUCAAACCACACAACCAUGUUCAUCAAAAACAGGAGUAACAUCACAGCCCACUUCCAGUGGAAGACUUUUCCUACUGAGGAAGACGAGAAUGAAGUGAAGAGGAGGCAGUGUCAUUUGCUGCACCUGCCAAGUGAGGUGUGGCUGGAAACCUUAAUGGAGGAGAAAGAAAUACGGAAGGUGAAGGGCUUUUGUGAAGAUCGCAUUGCUCUCCUGAGGAACAUGGUCCAAGAGGAGGUGGCAAAGGUGCAAGAAGACCCUAUGCUGUUCUCCAAUGACAUUUUUUUCAUUGAGCCAGUGGAGGGAGAAAUUGAGCCAAAUGGUUGGGCUGAAAUCAAGGUGACCUUCAAGCCCCUAGAGGCACUGAAGUACCAAAGUAUGGCUUACUGCAGCAUCUCAGGCCUUGAGAGCAGGCUGCCCCUGUGCCUCAGAGGAGAAGGCCAAGGACCCUUGGUUAAACUCAGCUGUCAUACACUGAACCUUGGGAACAUUUUUGUCAACACCCGCCAUGUAUCUGAGGUGAAGCUGAUUAACCAAGGAGCUAUUGAUGCUCCCUUCACCUGUAUCCCAUCAACUGCAAACACGGGCUUCUGCUUCAAGUUUGCACCUGAGAAGGGCAUCAUUGCACCAGGUGGGAUCCAGACUAUUCGGAUCUCUUUCAAUGCCACCGUGCUGGGGACGUUUGAGGAAGAAUUCCAGUUCAGUGUGGCUGGAUCUCCUACGCCUGCGGUCCUGACCAUCAAGGGGUGUGUCGCUGGACCGACUUUACACUUCAAUGUCGAUGAGCUCAGCUUCGGGGACAUCUCCUUUGGCUUUCCCUACACCAAGAGCUGUCGCCUGACUAACACCUGCCCGGUGCCCGUGACGUUCAAGCUGCGCAUGUCAGACGAUGGCACGCAGCCUGCUGUGAAUAGCUGUGAUCAAAUACACAGCGACAGUGACCCAUCCUGGACGGAGGGAAUUAAUUUUUAUGUGGAGCCAAGGGAGUUUACAAUGAAUCCCAGCCAAGGGAUCAUCCUC